AUGGAUGUAAAAGAUGUCUCGGAGAUCGGGCCGUAUUUCAAGCUCCUGGAGCAGCAAAAGAAGACCCUUCAAGCAGCGCAAAAACGCAAGGGUGAGCGUCCUAGGGAUGAAAAGCCUCGUUCCAAAAUCAUUGAUGAUCAUAUGAUGCAAUCAAUGACUUUGCAUAUGAGGGAGCUUAGCCCAUCAAGCAAGGACAACCACAUGAUACAUUCGUCUUUUCUUGCGCGUCCAUACACGCCAUCUGUUGCUCCUUUCAAAGCUCUCAAGAAAAUGCCCCUUAGAGACCUGCGACUAGAGACACACCAUCGAGGUCUGUACGUCUUACUCCGAGUGGUCACACCUCCCACUAGAAUGACGGCAAUCAUGGCUGUCAUGGAGGAUGAAGCGGAUCAAGCUGUGAUGGUUCAACUCUACCAACAAGAAGAAGAGAAAUACCGUCCUGCACGAGUUAGCGUUAGAAAAAAUGGUGUGUGCAUCGUCAAGGAACCAUACUUCAAGGUAAUGGGUGACGGAGGCUAUGGCUUGCGUAUCGACCAUGUCGGCGAUCUCAUCUGGCUUUCAGAGACCGACGACAGGGUUCCAUUGCAAUGGCGACCUCGGAUCAGCCAGCUUGACAAGACAGCUGAUGAAUGGAAAUGUGAGGGUAACAGUGCUCUUAAGUCCGGAGAUUUCUUUGACGCAGCGGAGAAGCAAGUCUUAUGCUCUUUAAUAAUGCCCCUUUGCUCACGCACAUUUAGGUACACAUUAGCCCUCCAGUGUCCCACUACCUCCGAAGAAGCCCGGAUUAUCAAGAUGAAUCGAGCUCUUGCCAAUUUGAAGCUUCGGCACUACGACGCAGCGCUUCUGGAUGCUGGCUGCGGCCCGCCGGAUGUCAAGCCGCUUGAAAAGGGGCUGUAUCGUGCUGCGCGAGCUUUAUACGAGCUGGGCAGAUUCCAAGAUUGCUACGACACUCUUAACGUCCUCUUGAAAGAGUAUCCUGGGAACGAGGAGGGAAGGAAAGAAUUGUCUCGAGUCAAGAAUCGCCUAACAGAGCAGAAGCACGGACGUUACGACUUCAAGGCCAUAUAUGCGGCCACCAAAACCAGACCGUUGUAUCUUGACCACGCGACAUACAUUGGACCAGUGGUGGUCAAACCGGCCGAGGGACGGGGCCGGGGUUUGUUUACUACCAGAGCUGUGAAGGCCGGCGAGCUUCUCCUUUGUGAGAAAGCCUUCUCACAGUGCUACGCCGGUCUCGGUAGUAGCUCUGAAUCGUCGUCAUCCAAGAUCAGUCUGCUCAUCAACACCCACACGAAUCGCAUGGUGGUGGGAACCCAUGGGGACCUCAUCACUAAGAUUGUGCAGCAGCUUUGGCGUAAUCCUUCGCUCGCUCCAGCAUUCACCUCCCUCCACCACGGCUCCUACAAUCCUGUCCAGGUCGCCUACGUGGAUGACGUGCCAGUUGUUGACACAUUUCUCGUCGAUCGGAUCAUUUCCUUGAAUGCCUUCGGCUUCCCUCUGACCUCCCUGAGCUCCCACUUGGACAAGGGUUCUCCAGACGACGAGCAAAAAGGGAAGAAUUACCACUCGUGCGGCAUCUGGCUGCUACAGCAACGUGCGACGCAGCUUCAUCGGCGACAUGCAGAUCAUCGCGCCAUACGGGAUAUCCCAGCCGACACGGAGCUGACAUUCUGGUACCAUGUCCCCAACACCGAGGGUUACGACAAGACACAGGAGAAGCUGCAAAAUUGGGGCUUCCAAUGCACGUGCGUCAUGUGCACCGAAGAGAAGAAUACGCCAAAGAACACUAUCAAGAAGAGGGAAGGCUUGCUGGGCGACCUCAAAGCCGCCUUCACGGCUCCAAGUGGCGCUCAGCUACCGAAGGUCGAAAGACUGCUGACAGCCCUGGAAAAAACAUACCAAGCUAGUGCCGCACGAGUACCCCGUCUGGCGCUGUGGGACCCGUACCUUCUCCUCACGCGCACGUACGCGGCUCAAAACCAGCUGGAAAAAGUCAUCGCCACCACGCUGAAGGUUCUGGCGUGUUUGGGCUUCGUCAUCAAAGGGGCGGAAAUGACGCCUUCAGCGAAAUCUACCCGUUCCACCCUUGCGGACGCCGCGUUCGUCGUCGAGCAGUGGGGACUGGCAAACGACUUUGUCGUUGAGGCUUGGGUCCAUCUAUGGAUGGCGUACAGGCAUGUGGCGCCUCAGCUGUGCGGGCAGGCGGAGGAGUGCGCGAGAACGGCGUACCGGAUUUGCGUGGGGGAGGACGUCACUUUUGAUCAACACUACCCCUGA